GCCACCUUAAUAUUUUUCGUGUUUGUUAUUUGUUCUGUAUUUAAUAUGAACAUAAUAUAUGCCCUCUUUGUUUUUCUGAUCAUGCAAUUGCCCUGAUUUAUUUUUUGUUCUUAUCCUGAUUGGUUCAACAUCAUUAUUAUGUCACGCACGUUAUCAUGGCACCAUGGAGGAAAGAGUGGGGAUUUUGUUACUGAUUUUGUUGGGUGCUGCUUGGGCUUGUGAUACAAGAGAGCUAGCAAUAAUCUCUGAAUUAAACAGAAAAUCAGAUGUCUGUGAACUUUGUGAGGAGUAUACUGCUGAGGCACUUGAUUAUCUAAAUGAUAAAGAGAACCAGAGAGAGAUUAUCGAUUCCCUUCACAAUAUUUGCAAUCAUAUUCUCUCUUUCAAACAGCAGUGCAUCGAAUUGGUGGAUCAUUAUGCCCCACGUUUCUUCUUAGAAAUUGCAUCAGUUCAGCCUGGAGAACUCUGCAAACAGAUCCACAUCUGUCAAUCUGCAAAGAUUUCUUCAGAAGUUGAAGGAAAUAGCUGUGACUCUUGCAAAGAUACUGUUUCAGCCUUACUGGUUAAGUUGAAUGAUCCUGAUACCAAGCUUGAAAUAAUGGAGGCACUGUUGAAGGCAUGCAAUUCUAUGGACAAGUUUUCCAAGAAGUGCAAGAGGAUGGUUUUUGAGUAUGGACCUUUGAUUCUUGUCAAGGCAGAGAAGUUCCUGAAAACAGCAGAUAUAUGCACUACAUUACAUGCCUGCCCUGCUUCCACUGCAGUUAGCAACAAGGAAGCCUCAAUCAUGGAAGUGCCUUUGAUUUCUGACUCUUAAUCAUGGGAGAAGAGUUCUAUUAGAUUUAUGGAGCACUUAUUGCUUUAGUUCUAUUCCUAAUGUAUUUAUCUACAUUAAAAUCCAUGUGCUUGUAACCAUGUGCUCCUGGUAUACUACAACUACUCUCACUGAAUGUCGAAGUGAAGUAUAUGAUUUUGAGAUGCCACAAUUUUACAUGUAUUUCUUCAUUUUGAAUAAUGCAUGGCAGGCAGGCACUAAGUCAAGAUGGAAUGCAAGACACACUUUCGCCUUA